AUGGCUAUCACAAAUUCAAUCCACUAUCCUUUGCCUUCUGUACACCCGUUGCACUGGCGGGACCACCUUGUCCAUCCAAAACCCAAAUGUUUUCCCGAUCCAACCACAAUAGGCUUUUUAGACACAUUGCAGCAGCCUCUCCACAUCUCAGCUGCAGGUCCAGUAGUGGGUGACGGGGUGGUAUUCAAUCUGUUUCCCCACAUCCUGGCUGCAGGUCCAGUAGCAAGUGAUGUGGUGGAAUUCAACCCAUCUUUUCUCAUCAACUCUGAGCCAACAUCGGCCGCACCCAGCAUAUCCACCCUCACCCAUCCACCUAAUCAUGCUGAUGAUGUUACUCAACACUUGGUCAUCACUUCCUCCCACCACCGCCUCCAGGAAUCCAGGGGGGCAUCUUGUUUGUCAUGCCAGGGCACCAGACUCGCCAAAACCAAAAGCUCUGCAACCACAAGCUCAAGCACGCUGACAAUGGAAUUGAGGCUCAUCCCAUACGGCAUUCCAGGGUUUUUGUGCAAGUGCAAAGAAUUAAUCAAAGUAGAUGCCUUUUGCCAAAUGUUACUACCCUCGCCCGAUUCUUUAUGUCGAAUGGUGAAGUCUUCAUGGGACAUCCUGACUAGAUCCCUGACUGAUGAUCAGAUCUUGAAGCUCAAGCCCAUCCUUAUAGAGAUACUUGACAAUGUGAAGUUGGUGGUUGAGGGAGUCAUCGUCAACAUUGCCUUUGCAAACCCUGCGAUCCUCACGACAAUGUCAUACUUGUUACAUGACAGCGAACACCAAUAUCACUGGUAUAUCAGGGAUAAUCUCAAUGUCAAGCUGUUUUUUGCAAUCAUGGCUACUUUCUGCCAGUGGGCACUAGAAGAACGCAGUACGAAAGACAUAUUGCAAGCGUGUUUAUACCUGAACUAA